AAUUCACUUUCGGAUUAAACAACAUUUCGUCGAUAUAGACUCUCUGUGGCCGUGUCGAAUUAAAAUCUCUUCGUCACCUGAACAAAAGAUAAUAUUCGAGUUCCUCCUGGUAUCGCUGACUUCUUGCUUGAAGUUUCUCAGAAAUGAACUGAUGAAUUGGAACCAUGGUGCAGAAGAAGAAGUUCUGUCCUCGAUUACUUGACUAUCUCGUGAUCGUAGGCGCCAGGCACCCAAGCAGUGACAGUGUUGCCCAGACGCCAGAGCUGCUGCGGCGCUACCCGCUGGAGGAUCAUGCUGAGUUCCCUCUGCCCCCGGAUGUUGUGUUCUUCUGCCAGCCAGAGGGCUGCCUGAGUGUGCGGCAGCGACGCAUGAGCCUACGGGAUGACACCUCUUUCGUCUUCACCCUCACAGAUAAGGACACUGGAGUCACACGUUAUGGCAUUUGUGUCAACUUCUACCGCUCCUUCCAGAAGCGGGUGCCUAAAGAAAAGGGGGAAGGUGGGGCAGGGUCCCGUGGGAAGGAAGGGACCCAUGCCACCGAGGCCUCGGAAGAGGGGGCUCCCGAGAGCUCGGAGAGCGGCCCAUCCCUGCAGCCUCCCCGGGCCGACUCCACCCCCGAUGUGACCCAGUCUCCAAGGACCAAGCGCCGGGCCAAGGGCAGCAGCCGGUCCCGCAACAGCACCCUGACAUCCCUGUGCGUGCUCAGCCACUACCCUUUCUUCUCCACCUUCCGCGAGUGUCUGUAUACCCUCAAACGGCUAGUGGACUGCUGCAGCGAACGGCUGCUGGGCAAGAAGCUGGCCAUCCCGAGAGGCGUCCAGAGGGAUACCAUGUGGCGAAUCUUCACAGGAUCCCUGUUGGUAGAGGAGAAAUCCAGUGUCCUUCUGCAUGACCUCCGAGAGAUUGAGGCCUGGAUCUAUCGCCUGUUGCGCUCCCCAGUCCCCGUCUCUGGGCAGAAGCGAGUGGACGUCGAGGUCCUCCCUCAGGAGCUCCAGCCCCCCCUGACCUUUGCUCUGCCAGACCCCUCACGGUUCAGCCUGGUGGACUUCCCGCUGCACCUGCCCCUGGAGCUGCUGGGUGUGGACGCGUGCCUCCAGGUUCUGACCUGCAUCCUGCUGGAGCACAAGGUCGUGCUGCAGUCCCGAGACUACAACGCGCUCUCCAUGUCCGUGAUGGCGUUCGUGGCUAUGAUCUACCCGCUGGAGUACAUGUUCCCCGUCAUUCCACUGCUCCCCACGUGCAUGGCAUCAGCAGAGCAGCUGCUGCUGGCACCAACCCCGUACAUCAUUGGGGUUCCUGCCAGCUUCUUUCUCUACAAACUGGACUUCAAGAUGCCUGAUGAUGUGUGGCUGGUGGAUCUGGACAGCAAUCGGGUGAUUGCCCCCACCAACGCGGAAAUGCUACCCAUCCUGCCAGAACCAGAGUCUUUGGAGCUGAAGAAACACUUAAAGCAGGCGCUGGCCAGCAUGAGUCUCAACACUCAGCCUAUCCUCAACCUGGAGAAAUUCCACGAGGGCCAAGAGAUCCCGCUCCUCCUGGGAAGGCCUUCUAAUGACCUGCAGUCCACGCCCUCCACUGAAUUCAACCCGCUCAUCUACGGCAACGACGUGGAUUCAGUGGAUGUUGCCACUAGAGUGGCCAUGGUGCGUUUCUUCAAUUCUGCCAAUGUGCUGCAGGGCUUCCAGAUGCACACGCGCACCUUGCGACUCUUCCCUCGGCCCGUGGUGGCCUUCCAGGCUGGCUCUUUUCUAGCCUCACGUCCCCGACAGACUCCCUUUGCUGAGAAACUGGCCAGGACUCAGGCCGUGGAGUACUUUGGGGAAUGGAUCCUUAACCCCACCAACUAUGCCUUCCAGCGAAUCCACAACAAUAUGUUUGAUCCGGCCCUGAUUGGUGACAAGCCCAAGUGGUAUGCCCACCAGCUGCAGCCCAUCCACUACCGAGUCUAUGAUGGCAGCUCCCAGCUGGCUGAGGCACUGAGUGUGCCGCCGGAGCGCGACUCAGACUCCGACCCCACUGAUGACAGUGGCAGCGACAGUAUGGAGUACGACGACUCAAGCUCUUCUUACUCCUCGCUUGGUGACUUCGUCAGUGAGAUGAUGAAAUGUGACAUCAAUGGUGAUACUCCCAAUGUGGACCCUCUGACGCAUGCAGCACUGGGGGAUGCGAGUGAGGUGGCGAUUGAUGAGCUGCAGAACCAGAAGGAAGUAGAGGAGCUUGGGCCUGACAGCGAGCACACUCAGGAAACACCUGCCCUGCGCUCCAGCUCCAGCACCACUGCCAGCAGCAGCCCCAGCACUGUCAUCCAUGGAGCCAACCCUGAACCUGCUGACUACACAGAGAUGGACAAGUCCUCCGUUGGCAUCUCCAAGUCCCUUCCUACUGGGCCUUCCAGCCUCAGCAAAGUGGGCAUGGACCGGCGGCAGGCAGAGAGUGGAGAGGGGUCAGUGUGCCGCCGAGCUUGUGAUGGCCUAUAUUUGGAGUCCCAGUGUGGCCUUCCCCCCGAGGAGGAGGAGGAGGAUGAGGAGGAGCAGGGGGAGCAGUACACACCCCGCUUCAGCCAGCAUGUCCAUGGCAGUCGGGCUCAAAAGCUGCUGCGGCCCAACAGCUUGAAGCUGGCAAGUGACUCGGACGCAGAGUCGGACUCCCGCGCAAGCUCCCCAACCUCCACCGUCUCCAACACCAGUGCCGAGGGCUUCGGGGGAAUCAUGUCGUUUGCCAGCAGCCUGUACCGGAACCACAGCACAAGCUUCAGCCUUUCAAACCUCACGUUGCCCACCAAGGGUGCUCGAGAGAAGACCACGCCCUUCCCCAGUCUGAAAGUAUUUGGGCUAAAUACUCUAAUGGAGAUUGUUACUGAAGCCGGCCCCGGGAGUGGUGAAGGAAACAGGAGGGCCUUGGUGGACCAGAAGUCGUCUGUGAUUAAACACAGCCCCACAGUGAAAAGAGAGCCCCCGUCACCCCAGGGCCGGUCCAGCAACUCGAGUGAGAACCAGCAGUUCUUGAAGGAGGUGGUACACAGCGUGCUGGAUGGCCAGGGCGUGGGCUGGCUCAACAUGAAGAAGGUGCGGCGGCUGCUGGAAAGCGAGCAGUUGCGGGUCUUCGUCCUCAGCAAGCUGAACCGUGUGUCACAGUCCGAGGACGAGGCUCGGCAGGACAUCAUCCCAGACGUGGAGAUCAGCCGGAAGGUGUACAAGGGCAUGCUGGACCUCCUCAAGUGCACGGUGCUCAGCCUGGAACAGUCAUAUGCCCACGCAGGGCUCGGGGGCAUGGCCAGCAUCUUUGGGCUGCUAGAGAUCGCCCAGACCCACUACUAUAGCAAAGAGCCAGACAAGCGGAAGAGAAGUCCCACAGAAGGUGUAAAUACCCCAGUUGGCAAGGACCCUGGUCUGGCUGGGCGGGGGGACCCAAAGGCUAUGGCCCAGCUGAGAGUCCCCCAGCUGGGACCUCGGGCCCCAAGUGCCACAGGAAAGGGUCCUAAGGAACCGGACACCAGAAGUUUAAAGGAGGAGAAUUUUGUAGCAUCUGUUGAAUUGUGGAACAAGCACCAGGAAGUGAAAAAGCAAAAAGCUUUGGAAAAACAGAGGCCGGAAGUAAUCAAACCCACCUUUGACCUUGGUGAGACAGAAGAGAAAAAGUCUCAGAUCAGCGCCGACAGCGGUGUGAGCCUGACAUCUGCUUCUCAGAGGACUGAUCAAGACUCCAUCAUCAGUGUGAGUCCAGCUGUUCUGAUCCGAAGCUCCAGUCAGGAUUCUGAAGUUAGCACCGUGGUGAGUAAUAGUUCUGGAGAGACCCUCGGUGCGGACAGUGACCUGAGCAGCAACGCAGGUGACGGACCAGGUGUCGAGGGCAGUGCCCACCUGGCAAGUUCUCGGGGCACUUUGUCUGACAGUGAAAUUGAGACCAACUCUGCCACAAGCGCCAUCUUUGGUAAAGCCCACAGCUUGAAGCCAAAGGAGAAGCUGGCAGGCAGCCCGGUUCGCUCUUCCGAGGAUGUAAGCCAGCGGGUCUAUCUCUAUGAGGGACUCCUAGGAAGGGACAAAGGAUCAAUGUGGGACCAGCUAGAGGAUGCUGCUAUGGAGACCUUUUCUAUAAGCAAAGAGCGUUCCACAUUAUGGGACCAGAUGCAGUUCUGGGAAGAUGCGUUCUUAGAUGCUGUGAUGUUGGAGAGAGAAGGGAUGGGGAUGGACCAGGGUCCCCAGGAAAUGAUUGACAGGUACCUGUCCCUGGGAGACCACGACCGGAAGCGCCUGGAGGAUGACGAGGACCGCCUGCUGGCCACCCUGCUGCACAACCUCAUCUCCUAUAUGCUGCUGAUGAAGGUGAAUAAGAACGACAUCCGGAAGAAGGUCCGGCGCCUGAUGGGGAAGUCCCACAUUGGGCUUGUAUACAGCCAGCAGAUCAAUGAGGUGCUUGACCAGCUGGCAACCCUGGUGAGCGGAGCUGGGCCUCCCCCACCCCCGCAGCAGCUGCGGCUAUGGCAGAGGCUGCUGCAGGGCUGUAUUGCUGGGUGUCCAGCCAUCCUGGUUUGCAGCUCCAUCCAGGGAGGCCAGGAGGAAAGCUGUGUGGGCUCCUGGCAUCCAUUGCCCCCUCUCCUAUGGGGUACUUGGAGUGUGGCUGGGACAGAGGAGGCCUGUGGAGGUGGAGCCGCUGACCUGCUUUGCACGCUUACACAGGUGUGUGACGAUUGCGUGGUGCUGCGCAGCAACAUUGGGACAGUGUACGAGCGCUGGUGGUACGAGAAGCUCAUCAACAUGACCUACUGUCCCAAGACCAAGGUCCUGUGCUUGUGGCGCAGAAAUGGCUCCGAGACGCAGCUCAACAAGUUCUAUACUAAGAAGUGCCGGGAGCUGUACUACUGUGUAAAGGACAGCAUGGAGCGCGCAGCCGCCCGCCAGCAGAGCAUCAAGCCAGGGCCCGAACUAGGCGGCGAGUUCCCCGUGCAGGACAUGAAAACUGGCGAGGGUGGCUUGCUGCAGGUCACCCUGGAAGGGAUCAAUCUCAAGUUCAUGCACAACCAGGUUUUCAUAGAGCUGAAUCACAUUAAAAAGUGCAAUACAGUUCGAGGCGUCUUUGUCCUGGAGGAAUUUGUUCCUGAAAUUAAAGAAGUGGUGAGCCACAAGUACAAGACACCCAUGGCCCAGGAGAUCUGCUACUCUGUGCUGUGUCUCUUCUCAUAUGUGGCCGCUGUCCGUAGCAGCGAAGAGGACCUGCGGACACCACCCCGACCUGUCUCGAGCUGACAGGAGGCUCAGGCCACUGUCCGGCCAGGGACGCCCCUUACCUCCCACCGUGCCCAAUGCACGAAGCAGAUGGCGCGUCUGUCCCUGCAAGCCCCUGCGUGGCUUAGCUGGCUCCCGCUUGUGACUCUGAGUGUGUCCUUGCGUCUGUCUGUCAGGCUAUGGUGGUUGCUUCCCUUCCCUCUGCACCCCUAGAAGGCCGGCCUGCUGUCCCCUGGGGUGGGGCUCAAGACAGCGUGUCUGCAGGGUGAGCGUGAGUUCCCUGUCCAGUGUCCUCAUGCCCCUCCCGUGCAGGAGUCCAGGCUCUAUCCUCUGUGACCUGGAGUAGACCUGAACUAGGCCAGUUCCUGGGGGUGUGGGGCAGGCACUGGAAAGGAAGGCCAGGCAGCUGGCGGAGCACGAGCUCCCGGCGUCCUCUGUGUGGCUUGCUGUCCGCAUGGCUGGAGCAGUUUCCCUGCAGCACAAUGGGCCAGAGUAGUUGGGGGAUGGAGUUCGGGGGGCACUGGCUGAGAACCAGGGAGGUGGGACAGGCCCGUCUGAGGCCAGGUCUCCUGGCACCUGGAGACAGCCUGGGAGAUGACUGUAAAUAUUUCAGCUCCAUGUUAUUUAUAGAAAAUGUACAGCUGCGUGAAUGUGAAAUAAAUGUCCUCAGUGCCCCUCAGGC